UGAUGUCUCUUCCAACGAGCUGCUCGGGUUGGAGUACCUGUUCAGCCAGAGCACGGGGGAAUCUGGGCCCUUCUCUCUUCAGGACAUUGUCAACGAUGGACCUGGUCCAGAAGAGGAGGUGCUCCGACCUGGGCAGCCUGAUCCAGAUGACGCAGACGAGGCGUACCAGAGCGAUGUGGAGGCACACGACCGUGCGCUGGAUGCCGUCCUGCCCCACAUCACACUCACCAGCGACGAAACCGCCACUGUUCACCCUCCGGCCUUUGAGGAUGCCUGCAGUCCAAACCCUCUUCCUGGCUUUCCUAAGUUGGAAAUGUUCUGCUCUGUGCUGGUGGAGAUUGGCCUGGCAGAAGAAAAGCUGUCACUCACCACCGAGCAGAGAAACCAGGUCCUUAAAGCCUGGAAUGCCGUGGAGGAGCAUGACAAGCAGCCACAAAAGUUCAACCAGUUGUACAGAACACACUGGGGCAACACCCUCUACUGCCGCACAAAAAGGGACGAUCUUGUUGACGCUGCUCUGAUACAGAGGGUAAAGAUGGCCAAGCGCUACGCACCAGCGCAACAGGACAUCAGUGCUCAGCACAACAGGCUGAUGUACACGCUGGUGAAACUGUUGUGGUUGCGCUCACCUCAAGGCUCUCGCAACAGUCCUGAGAAGAGAACCCUCUUGAAGGCGUACGAGCGAGUCCAGCACCGGAUUUUAGUGGAGGAUCCAGUCCUGUGCAAAGCAGGCAUUCCUCUACCCAAGAUUAACAGCAAGACUGUGCAGGACUUUAUCCGUCGCCAAGAGAGGCUCCUCAACUUGCACGCCACAAAACAGCCCUCCACCAUCACUAAGACCACCUCCAUCUCAUCUGCAGACCUUCCACCAGCACCACAUCAGCCUGCAGUCCUCCCUCCACCAGACUACCCCCUGAUGGAAUAUGUGCCCACACCCAGCACAGCAGGGACCAAGGUGUUAAAGGGAAGGACAGAUAUGAUGGCACCACUCUCCCGGCCUCAGCCACCGAUGCCACAUUUGCUACUGCCACCACCAGUGAGAAAACCCAACGCCCCCUCUACCAUCAACAGACCUGUGCCCUCCCUCUCUGCAUCUACAGCAACCCCAGGAAUUGCUGGCCCCUCCACAUGGCCCAUAAUGCCUGCUAGUGAGGCAAAUCCAGGGAUUGAUGGUCCACCUAAAUCAGUCCCUCCAACUCUGCCCAAAAUGCCUACUACAAUUGGCACAGCACACAGUAGUAGUACUUCAUUCUGGGCAAGAGCUACGCAAUUCAAGCGGAAGCAUAAGGAACACUCCUCAGAAGUAGGAGCCAAAGUGUCAAGGGUGCAAAAUCUCCUGUCUGUACACUCUGUGGCCAAACAACCCAGGGACAUAAAAAAAUACAAAAAAAGAGUUUCUGCCCUACAAAUAUGAUGUCCCCAUCAAAAGGUCUGGACAACAAAGUGUACAGCAGCUACGAACACUUCACCUCUGUUGUUGACAAGUUGUAGUAAUAUAAAUAUGUUGUAAUAAAUCUGUAAAUAUGGGACGGUUGCAUUGUACAUAUGGUAAAUAGGCUUUGAUUUUAUGACAUUUUAUAUUGUCUAACUUAUAUUGUCUACACUGUAGUGCUGUGUUUUUUAUAAGUGUU